GAAAUGCAAGCACUGACGUAAACGUAUGCGCAAGCGCAAACUAAAUCUAGUCUAUCCGGGUUCUUGAAAAUGCUUAAUGUUAAUUAAUUUGGCCAAAUGGAUGAAUCAGAGCAGUUUCUCGGAUACGCAAAAGACGGAGAUCUUUCAAAAGUGAAGGUCAUGGUGGAGAAGAUGAAAGUUGACGUGUGCUGCACUGUACUCCACACAGAGGGUGACACUGCACUCCACAGAGCAGCAAAAUACGGGCAGAUGCACGUGUGUGAAUAUCUGUUAUCUAGAGGAUCUCCGUUGGAUGUGGAAAACGAACUAGGUGAACAGCCAUUGCACAAGGCAGCUGAGGGUGGCAACUUAACUGUCAUUGAUCUGUUCCUCAAGCAUGGUGCUCAGAUUAAUGCGCAGGGAAGGCACAAUUUCACGCCACUUAACGUGGCUGUUAUGUACAAGCAAACUGCAGCAGUCAAGCGACUUGUGGAAGCUGGAGCUAGAGUGAAUAUCAAUGACUGUCACAGUUACGAGUCACCUUUACAUCAUGCUGUCGACUCUGCUGAUGCUAGCAUUGAGAUAGUUCAGACAUUGCUCAAUGCAGACGCUGACGUGAAUGUGCAAGAGUCAGAUUAUGAUAACACGCCAGCUCACUGGGCGGCACAGUCAGGGAAUAUCCAAUGUUUGGAGUUGCUUCACAGUGCGGGUGCCAAAUUUGAUGUUGUAAAUAUUGAGGGUCAUACUGUUGCACAAGCAGCUUGUGCUGCUAGUGAAUUUGAAACAGCAAAAAGGGUUGAUACAUUGAGUGUCCAUCCUUUAGCAUUAAAGGACUUGUGUAGGCUGGCAAUUAGACGAUAUCUCACAAGCAGUAGGAUGAUUUGUCGGCUUGAUGUCCCCUCUGAGCUUUUAGAAUUUUUGCAGUUUAUUGAGCCAGUGAAUAGCCACUAAUGUGUUGAAUGUAUGGUAUCUUAAUUAGUUAGAAGAUUUGGUCAGA